UAUAUAUUUAAUAAAAAGUGAAGUAGAUUUUCCAACAAUAUGUUAAAUUUUUUGAAACAAAGCCGCAGAUUUGUGAAUUCGACAGAGCCCGUUUGCAUUGUUUUGGGCAAUGAGUCGUGCGAUUUGGAUUCCGCCGUGUGUGCAGUCACACUUGCCUACCAUUAUCACCAACAAAAUGUCGCCAGUAGACACACCACGCCUAAUUUUCUGCCAGUCCUUAAUAUACCACGUCGCGAUUAUGCGCUUAAAACUGAAGUUAAUUACGUUUUCCAACAACAUGCAAUUGGCGACGAGCACUUAACUUUUCGCGAUGACCUACAAGAGGACUAUUUAACACGCAGUGUUCAAUUGAAUUGAAGGCUUGUCUCUGGAGAGGAUGUGGCAGCUUUCUUCACGUUGAUUCGAUUCGCUAUCCUGAACAAAACAGUAACCACCAUUUAAAUAGAGUGUAGCUGCUGCAAUAAAUUUUGUUUUAAUUUUUAUUUUUCAGCGCCUAGCUUUGCAAAGCCUGCUUCCUCAAACUUCUUGGCGAUAGCGACAGCGGAUAUUGAAGGGUACUCCUUGAUAUUCCGAGCAACUUUAAUGUCAGGCUGGGCUUUUUUGGGCUUUCCACUACCAACAAGCGUUCAAACUUCACCAGUCUUCUUGAAUUUAACAAUAGUUUUUUAUUAUCAGAUUUUUUGACAAAUUUCGCGAAUUGUUAUUGUAGCGGCGAAAACAUUGCUGAAGUAAUUUGGAGGAAUGCUGCCGGUUUGAAAGUCUCUGGACGGAUAAAAUCCGGAUCCAUUUCGGUUAAGUAGACCCGACUGUUGCGAAAACGGAUUUAUUAUUGCAGUUUAAAAGCUAAAAUAGUUUAAGA